CUGCUCCCCCUCCUGCUCCCACCUCCUUGCAAAACCUCCUCUUGCCUCGGAGCUCAGCCCCUCUUGCCCGAGCUCCUGAGCUCUGCCCCUCCAGCUGGAGCCGCAGGUUUAUCUGGAGGCGAGGACUUUCAUUUGUAAGCUGAGACCCAGGAGGAGAGAAACCGUUUGGCUGCCCAGGAGUAACAGCGUGGGCACGAUGACUGCAUUCCCCACUCUUGGGCUCCUUGUCCUUUGUCAGCUAUUAGCCACCACCUCAGCUCAGAGAGUAGGACCACAAGGCCCUCCUGGACCCCGAGGACCCCCUGGACCAUCUGGCAAGGACGGCAUAGAUGGCGAGCCGGGCCCUCCUGGUUUGCCAGGCCCACCAGGGCCAAAGGGUGCACCAGGAAAGCCUGGAGCAGCUGGUGAAGCUGGAUUGCCUGGCCUUCCUGGAGUAGAUGGUUUAACGGGAACUGAUGGCCCACCUGGCCCCAAUGGGCCUCCGGGAGACCGUGGUGCAUUAGGACCUUCCGGGCCGCCUGGACAAGCUGGUAAAGGACUACCAGGACCUCCAGGGCCUCCAGGACCCAGUGGGCUUCCAGGUGGAAAUGGAUUUCGGGGUCCUCCUGGUCCUUAUGGUCUUCCAGGAUUCCCAGGGCCUCCCGGACCACCCGGACCUCCUGGCCUUCCAGGCAUCUUUCCUGAUGGCGGUGGGGACAUCCAGUGCCCAGCUCUGUGCCCACCGGGUCCUCCAGGUCCUCCAGGAAUGCCAGGGUUCAAGGGACACACUGGUCACAAAGGAGAACCUGGUGAAAUAGGAAAAGAAGGAGAGAAGGGCAACCCUGGCCCUCCAGGUCCUCCAGGCAUUCCUGGCAGUGUUGGCCUACAGGGCCCAAGAGGACUAAGAGGCCUCCCUGGCCCAAUGGGUCCAGCUGGUGACAGGGGUGACAUUGGUUUCAGAGGGCCACCUGGAAUCCCAGGACCUCCAGGGAAAGCUGGAGACCAAGGAAACAAAGGACCUCAAGGAUUCAGAGGACCCAAAGGUGACACUGGUAGACCUGGACCAAAAGGAAACCCAGGGGCACGUGGACUCAUAGGAGAACCUGGCAUACCUGGCAAGGAUGGACGGGAUGGAGCUCCUGGACUCGAUGGUGAGAAGGGUGAUGCAGCUCGCAUGGGUGCUCCUGGAGAGAAGGGGCCAAACGGACUUCCUGGCCUGCCUGGAAGAGCAGGUAUUAAAGGCUCAAAGGGUGAACCAGGCAGUCCUGGAGAGAUGGGAGAGGCAGGUCCCUCUGGAGAGCCAGGCAUCCCUGGUGAUGUCGGUAUUCCUGGUGAGAGAGGUCUGCCGGGUCCCAGAGGAGCAACUGGCCCGCUUGGUCUCCAAGGCCCGAUAGGAGCCCCUGGUGUCCGAGGCUUCCAGGGUCCUAAAGGUGCCAGUGGGGAACCUGGCCUUCCUGGUCCAACUGGAAUUCGGGGAGAGUUUGGUGACAGGGGCCCUACCGGUGUUACUGGUCCCAAAGGUAACCAGGGCAUUGCUGGAGCAGACGGCCUUCCAGGUGACAAAGGAGAACUGGGUCCCUAUGGUCCCCCCGGCCAAAAAGGAGAGCCAGGAAAAAGGGGAGAACUUGGUCCCAAAGGUGUCCAGGGACCCAACGGGACAGCUGGAGUUCCAGGGAUUCCAGGACACCCAGGGCCCAUGGGCCAUCAGGGGGAGCAAGGCGUUCCUGGCAUCACAGGAAAACCUGGGCCUCCUGGCAAAGAGGCCAGUGAACAACAUAUAAGAGAACUCUGUGGGGAGAUGAUAAAUGAUCAAAUUGCCCAGUUAGCUGCUAACCUGAGGAAGCCCUUGUCUCCAGGAAUGACGGGUCGGCCUGGCCCGGCUGGGCCCCCCGGUCCUCCUGGGGCUACGGGAAGUGUUGGGCAUCCUGGUGCUCGUGGGCCUCCUGGCUACAGGGGGCCAACAGGAGAGCUCGGGGAUCCUGGUCCCAGAGGUGACACUGGUGAAAAGGGAGAUAAAGGACCUGUUGGACAAGGUAUCGAUGGACCCGACGGCGAUCAAGGUCUUCAAGGACUUCCUGGUGUACCUGGAAUUAGUAAAAAUGGUCGUGACGGUGCUCAGGGUGAACCUGGUCUUCCAGGGGAUCCUGGUAUUCCUGGUGCUAUUGGGGCUCAGGGAACUCCAGGAAUAUGUGACACAUCGGCUUGCAUGGGAGCUGUUGGAGCAUCAACUUCCAAAAAAUCAUAAAACGGUACAAGAAGUGGAGAAGUGACUGAAUAUUUAAAUAAAGAGUGCAUUGUAAGAAAACAGAAUCUUCCUAGUGAUAAAUGGACAGACGUUCCUUCUAUUAUAUUAAGUGGAGACUUUGACACAGUCAUUCAGUUCUAUGAAAAAGAAAGCAUCAGAUGACAACUGUAAUUAAAGAUGCUUUAUGAGUAUUUUUUCCUCCCCCGAUUAUUUUCCAGAUUUUUUAUUGCUAAACAACUUCACCUUCCCUUUCUCCCUUUGCUGAAGAGACCUGCGAGAGGAAGCAUUCCUUUCCACCAUCAUCUCCCUAGCUGUCCUAAAGAUCACGGCUUUUCUGUAUAAAAGUUUGAGCCUUGGCAAUUGAAUUCUUGGUGCUGCUCCUACUGACUUCAGUUACGCAGGUUUGUGCACUAUGUCUGCACCAUUAAGGUAUUCAGGCACCUGACUGCUACUUACCUCAGUGGCAGUUAGGCAUUUAAAUAGCCAGUAUUUGAAUAUCUUAAUAUUCUGGGCAAAGAACAUAGCUUAUGGAUAUGCUGUCUGUUUUCAGACUGCAUCUCACGUAGCAAAUACUAGUAAAUACUCAGCCCUUGCAGUCAAAUUCUGCAAAAGGUGCAAUGUAUAUAUUUUAACUUACAGGGGAGAGCUUUUGUACGUUUCCAUAUGAUAAUAAAGGAAGUUAAGUAACAGCAUUUUCACGACCUCUACGUAAGCUAUUUGCACAGUAAUUGUGAAUAAAACCCCAAAUAAGAAAGGAUGCUCUUCUAAAGUUCAGCCAAAAAAAAACAACUGUAUGAACUGUUGUAAAAAUAAAAGGAGAUUUUUUUUUAA